AUGGAUGAGUGGGAUCUCCCACAAUGGAAAAAAGAGGUGGAAAGCCUCAAGUACCAGCUGGCCUACAAGAGGGAGAUGUCCUCCAAGACCAUACCUGAGUUUGUGAAGUGGAUCGAGGACGGCAUUCCCGAGGAUCCCUUCCUGAACCCGGAGCUGAUGAAGAACAACCCCUGGGUGGAGAAAGUUAAUAAAAAGAUAAUAGCCCAAAAUCAUGGGCACACAGGCCAGCCAUGGGUUGGAAAGGCAAAACUAGCUGAUCCUUCAGCUCCAGCUCAGCUCAGCACGGCCCUAAAGCAGGUCCCUGAUGUAGAUGUUCCCCUAGAGCAGGUCUCUGAUGUAGAUGUUCCCCUAGAGCAGGUCUCUGAUGCAGAGGAUCCCCUAGAGCAGGUCUCUGAUGUUGGGGUGCCCCUAGAGCAGGUCUCUGAUGUAGAGGAUCCCCUAGAGCAGGUCUCUGAUGUUGGGGUGCCCCUAGAGCAGGUCCCUGAUGUAGGGGUGCCCCUAGAGCAGGUCUCUGAUGUUGGGGUGCCCCUAGAGCAGGUCUCUGAUGUAGAGGAUCCCCUAGAGCAGGUCCCUGAUGUAGGGGUGCCCCUAGAGCAGGUCCCUGAUGUUGGGGUGCCCCUAGAGCAGGUCCCUGAUGUAGGGGUGCCCCUAGAGCAGGUCUCUGAUGUUGGGGUGCCCCUAGAGCAGGUCUCUGAUGUUGGGGUGCCCCUAGAGCAGGUCUCUGAUGUAGAUGUUCCCCUAGAGCAGGUCUCUGAUGUUGGGGUGCCCCUAGAGCAGGUCCCUGAUGCAGAGGAUCCCCUAGAGCAGGUCCCUGAUGUUGGGGUGCCCCCCUAG